CACGUGAACGUAAUAACAUCCAUGAUCGUCUGGGAAUAGUUCAAAAGCAAAAUGAGAGUAUGUCACUCUUUCAUCAUGAAUCAAGUCUUGGGAAAUCAGAGCAACUUAGAAUGGAGGUUGGAGUCCUGAAAGAAGAGAACAGGUCAUUGAGGGAGAGGCUGGUUGUUGUAUCCAGUGAGCACAUGACCAUGAUGUCAAAGGUCGAGGAGGCUAAAGAGAGGAACAUGAUGCUGGAAAAACAGGUUCUUGAACUAGAACAAAGGUUGCAAUUCAGAGAGGCGGAGCUUAGAGACUUGAGUCGUCUGCAUGAUGAAACAAUGCAAGAGCUUGGGGCUGCACGUUCACGUGCCAAUACACACUGCAGUAGCUCCCUCUAUGAUGAGCUGGAGACAGCAGAACUAACAGGCUAUGAGAGCUCGGAAGAAGACCUGGAAGUCGAUGACAAAGCUGAUGUGAUGAUUUCCAAGUUCCUUGGUAGUCGUGACUUUGGCAGGCAGAUGAGUCUUGCUGAGGAAUUAGCCCAGUCCCUAGGAGAGAUGGAAUCAUCUAGGAUGGACCAGAACCAAGGGAUGCAGGAGGUGAGCUUGGCUGAUGAAAUGAAUGCAACUGACACUGACCACACGCCCCAGCAUGAGAAAACCUUAGAAGAGUUUGUAGACAGACUUGAUAGAGAAAGUUUGAAUGACAGUCAACAAUUGCAGGAUGACCGUUUGGAUCGUGAGAAGACUAGCUUAGCUGAUGAGCUGACGGAAGCUGGAUUUGGUGGUGGAGGGCAUCAAGGGGACUUCAUUGGUUCUGGAACACCAGAACAUGAUGGAGCAAAUUCUUUAGAUAAUACAGCACAAAAUGGAAAUACAUUGAGCCUUGCUGAUGAGCUGUCACAAGUCUCUUCAUCUAUGCCCGAUGUAAAGUUGGGGUCGUCAAGUACCCUGGUAGGUUUGGGGGGAGAUUUGGAAGUUGGUGGUGAUAACGAUGAGAAAAUGCAGAGUGGCUACAUUGUUGGUGGAGAUGAUGAUGAUCAGGAGGAGCAGAUGAUGCUUGGGGUGCCCAUGGCAACACAGUGUUUAAACCAAGGACUAAGCUUAGCCGAUGAGUUGGCUGGCAUGGGAUAUCAACAGAGUUACAACGAAGAUGGAGCAGAGGGGGUGGAGGAGGAGGAAUGCGGUGAUGCUGAAGGAUGCGAUACGUUUGGAAGAAGUGAAAAAGGAGCUGAGAUGGUUGCAAGCAGAGUCAGAGAAGGAGGCGGCACAGGUUUCCUCACUCCUGAGCCUAAAGGCCAAACAACUGUAGGAACAGGGGAUGGAGGAAGAACUCUAGGAAGAGGAGGGAGUAGAGGAGCAGAAGGUGAAGCAGCAGAGGAGGAUGAUGAUGCAGACAUUACCAGUUUGGAGACUCCUAAAGCAUCUCCUAGCAGGAGUCCUAAGCCAGGAGACUUGCACAUGAAAUACAGACAGAUUGAGGAUGUUCUCCACUGGGUUCAUGUUACACUCACCCACAUCAUCCUAGAGCUGCACUCCUUAGUCCGGUUACCCCUCACUGAUCUUGGUAUCAUGCAUGCAUCCAGUGUCCUUCACUCCGUACACCCGUCUCCCACAACUCACCGUUACUCUGCAUCCUCAACCCCCUGGUCUACUGCAUCUAACACAGGGGUUCACUUAUUUGAUGAUGACGAGGAGGAGGAGGAUAAUUGGGACAUGGAUGAAGGUCGGAGGUCAGAGUUGAUAGGUGACAAGGUCAAAUCUCAGUUGAGUGUCUUGAGGAGUAUGCUUAGCAUCGUGGUGAAUGGAUCACCAAAGAUGCUUAAUGGAGCCUAUAGAGGGCGCCAGGAGGACCAGGAGCGUAUCGCUCAGCUUGAGGGUCAUGCAGAGGCCUUGGAGAGGGAGCUGAAGGAUACUAGACUUCAGGUGGAUCUCCUGGAGGCAGAGAUAGAGAGAUUGGACAAGGUGCUACUUAGGAAGGAUGAACAGAUUGAUAGACUCCAUCAAGGAAGAAAGAGAAUUGAAGACUGUGUGAUAGAGAUUGAGGAGGAGGAGAGAGCGAGGAGGAUGGAUUCUAGAAGCAAUGCUACAAGGUCUCACUCAAACAUGGAUAAUAGAAGAAUCCACCGUUCAUUAUCAGAGAUGCAGAGCAUACAUGUGGAUGUGGAUAGUCAUCAAUAUGGGAAUGAACCAAUGUGUGAUGAUAGAUGGCAGCAGACAGGGCAAGAUGGACGUAGCAGUCAGUUAAUGAGCAUUCCUCCUCCAUCUGAUCAGCUGUCAGCAAGCUUCUCAUCUCGUAGUCAGUCUGCUCCUGAGUUUGGACCCAAGACUACAUCUUCCUUCUGGAGAUGAUCUACUGCCCCCUAUUGCUAGACGUAGAAGAUGACUUCAAGUAUCCUGCCACAUAGGCCUUGAUGAUUACGCAUGCCACGUUGUCUACUAAUAUAAUCAGUGUUAUUCAAAUUAAAAUUUAUUUCUCACAAACACACACACAGAAAUCAUGUGAUGUUGCUUUAAAUUGUGGAGUGAAAAUAUGAAAUUACAAUUUGUCUCAUAGCUGUGUAUUGUAUGAUGAUGUCAUAAUUCAGGUAGGAAACUCACAUUUUCUUUAGCCUUAUUACACACAUUCCAUAUUUUUCUUUAUAUAUUUACCUGGUGGCAUUUGAUUUCAAUUCUUAAGAUCAAGUAAAUCAUUUGGAAUCAAACCUCACUAAGUGUGUGAUAAUCAAGUCCUAUGCCAUUAUGUAUGAGGAUAUAACCAAAGUAGAUGACUCCAAAACCUUUUCUUGCCAAAGUGUACAAUUUUAUUUCCUAAGAACUCCUUUUAUAUCAUCAAAAUUGCAUCAAGUCAAUAAAUAUUCAAGAUUGAUUCAAAAGAGCCUAAAGUGUGAAAAGCUAGAAAAGCCAGAAUUCCUGAUCAAGAAAGCAUACAUACUUUGCUAAUAUAAUGAAAUAAAAUCAUGAUAGUACCGUACAUCAUAUUUCAGAAGUAAUAUGAUCAAACAUGUAUUUUCUAAAAGGCAAAUUUUAGCAACGCUGGCUUUCAUAUUUAAUAUUGAUUGAAAUAAAUUCUGUUCAAAGACGGAUCUGUGAAGAAUGAUAUAGGGAAUCAUGAAUUAUGGCACUCCCAUCUCUCCCAAUACCAAAAUAUGACAUGGUCAUUUUCACCUCACAGGAUGACAUAUCCAUCAACAAAUCAAUAGCGAAAUGUAAAACUGAUCAAAUGAAGUGACAGAUCCAGCUGGAUUAGACACAAUAAUUUAGAGUAGCCCACUAUAUUGUGCACAAACAGUUGGGCCAACAAAUUGGAUCACAUCUAACCUGGCAAGAUCUGCCACUGAAGUGCUAAGGAGUUAUGUCAACAUGUCAGUUUUUCUGAAGUCACAACAAAAUAUCUCAAUUGAUAUUUUAUUCAAAUAUUUCCCACAAUCUUUAUUGCAUUUGCUCUAUUACCAAUUACAUCUCAAAUGUGCUACUGCAAAUUUGAUUUUGUGUGCCUUUUUUUUUUCAUCUAACCUUGUUUUUCAGAAACAUAUUUAGCAUUCCAUGAUUCAUUCAUCCAUCCAUUCCAGAAUGCCUUGUUCAUCAGAAGGUACCCUAAAAUGAUUCCAUCCAUUAGCUUUUUCAUUUAUUCAACUUGAACUUCAUAGCAUGGACCAACCAAUUACCAAGAUGUCAUUUCAAACUUUCAAUUGCGUUUGCCUCAAUAUAUAUACUACCAUUAUAAACUUGGAAUCAAUUCCUGAACCAGAGAAAAAAUGACAGCUUUAGGGAAUUAAUGAAAGAUAAAUACAAAGGUUAUGAAUUUGAGAAUUCAAAAUUUGAUUCUUGAAUUUCACAGAUUCAAGGGAAAUCUCCCUUGAAUGAUAACUGUUGUUAUCCAGUUGAUAUUUUUAUUGACUAGGAGAGACUUUGUUACUGUACAUGAUUUACCCAAAUCUUUUCUUUACCAAAAAAAAAUCCACAACACAUUUUAGACAAAAUAUGUGAUUUAGGUGAUUAUGCUGAUCAGGAUACUAAUAACAGUAAUAAUAGAAAUUAAGACAAUUUUGACCGUCAGUUAGAUAUCGACUAUCACUUCAAUCAUCAUCAUCUAUGGUAGUAUUCCUGAUGAUGAUUAUGAUGAUA